UGUCCUGUGGUUAGAACAAAGCUCGUGACGUUUGUAGCUUUAAUAAAUAAAGUCAGUGUUUGUAGUUAAUAAAGAGCUGGUUGUUUUGCUGCAGGUUAAAGGAGCUGCUGUAGUUUUAAAGAUAAUCUGAAACCAGCCGUGUUCCUGUGGAUCUGACUAAUUCCGGUUCAGGGGGCGGUCUAAACUCUGGAAAGGGACCAUUGUUGAGCAGGUCGAAGCUGGUCUCUUUUCUUCUUCUUUCUUUCUUUGCAGCAGAAAAAGUCUGCAGCUGUUUUACUUUGUCAUGAAAGAGAUGUCCAGCAGCACCAUGAUGCCUGGGGGGCAGCAGCCUCAGAAACACUACGGCAUCACCUCUGCCAUCAGCCUGGCCCCCCCCAGAGAAAUAGACCACCUGUACACCAAGAAGCUGUGUGACGCCAUGAAGCCUUUUGGUGUGUUUGAGGAUGAAGAGGAGUUAAACCACAGACUUGCUGUUCUCGGGAAGUUGAAUAACUUUGUGAAGGAGUGGAUCGCAGAGAUCAGUGAAGUAAAGAACCUUCCUCCAUCAGCCAUUGGUUGUGUUGGAGGCAAGAUCUUCACAUUUGGUUCUUACAGACUGGGAGUGCACACCAAAGGAGCUGACAUCGAUGCUUUGUGUGUGGCUCCACGUCACGUCGAGAGGAUUGACUUUUUCCAAUCUUUUUUUGAGAAAUUGAAACUACAUGAAGAGAUUAAAGAUCUCAGAGCUGUAGAAGAUGCUUUUGUUCCAGUGAUAAAAUUUAAAUUUGAUGGGAUUGAGAUCGACCUUCUUUUUGCCAGACUGGCCCUGCAGUCCAUCCCAGACAACCUGGACCUGAGGGGAGACUCCAUCUUAAAGAACCUGGACAUCCGGUGUAUCCGCAGCCUUAACGGGUGUCGAGUAACGGAUGAGAUUUUGUACCUGGUGCCAAACAAAGAAAACUUCAGGUUGACAUUAAGAGCCAUCAAACUUUGGGCCAAACGCCGAGGAAUUUAUUCCAACAUCCUGGGCUUUCUGGGUGGGGUGUCGUGGGCCAUGUUGGUGGCCCGGACCUGCCAGCUCUACCCCAACGCUGUCGCUGCUACACUUGUUCAUAAGUUCUUCCUGGUUUUCUCCAAAUGGGAAUGGCCAAAUCCUGUUUUACUGAAACAACCUGAGGACAGUAAUCUGAAUUUACCUGUGUGGGAUCCCAGAGUGAACCCAUCUGACCGAUACCACCUGAUGCCCAUCAUCACACCUGCCUAUCCUCAGCAGAACUCCACCUACAACGUCUCCACGUCAACACGCACCAUCAUGACCGAGGAGUUCAAACAUGGCCUCAGCGUCACAGAUGAGAUUCUUCAGGGCAAAGCAGAAUGGUCCAAGCUCUUUGAGCCUCCAAACUUCUUCCAAAAAUACAAGCAUUACAUUGUUCUCACUGCCAGUGCAUCCACAGAAGAAAACCAUCUUGAAUGGAUUGGACUUGUAGAGUCAAAGAUCCGUGUUCUGGUUGGGAACCUCGAGAGGAAUGAGUUUAUCACUCUGGCUCAUGUCAACCCUCAGUCCUUUCCAGGGUCCAAAGAAAACAGCAACGAGAAUAAAUUUGUUUCCAUGUGGUUCAUUGGGAUCAUCUUUAAGAAGGUGGAGAACGCAGACGGUGUGAACAUUGACCUGACCUUUGAUAUCCAGUCCUUCACUGACACUGUGUACAGACAAGCUAACAACAUCAACAUGCUGAAAGACGGGAUGAAGAUUGAAGCAACACAUGUGAAGAAGAAGCAGCUGCACCAGUAUCUGCCUGCUGAGCUCAUUCAGAGAAAGAAAAGGAGCAUAGCAGAGUUGAACCGAAGCUCAAACAGUGACGGCUCCAAGCGGAUCUCUCUGGACGGCAGUCACCUGGACAGCUCCAGAGACACGGACUCUGGGACUCCCUUCACUUCCCCCAGCAGCAAGCCUCAGAAACGCUGUGCUGAGACGAACGACAGUGAAAUCCCCCCCAAGCAGCUUUUUGUAGAGGACCUCCCUGUCCCUAGCACGACAGCUGCUGCUAACGAACCCGGCGUGUCCACCUCCGUCAUCGGCAGCAGCAGUGUCCUGAGUGACACCAUCACACCCAGUGCMACCAGCAGCCCUAAAGAGGAGCCUAAUGGUCUCCAGGACCCCAUCAAUGAACCUUCUGACAACAGACCACCCUCCCCGACAGAGGAAGACCUGUCCAAGAGACAGACAGAGACAGAAGUGAAAUCUAACGACGACUGUACUUUUAAAGAGCCGUUCCCUCCAUCCUCUGAGUCAGCUGCACAUGUUGAAGCUCCCAGUACUCCCCCUCAGGCUGCAUCAAAAACAAAACCCGUUCCACAGACUGAUAGCUCAAGAACACAGAGACUUCCCAGCAUGGAGCUUCCUGAUGCAUCAUCACCUCUUCCAGCCAGUCACAGCUGUCGAGUGGUGAAGAACUCCAUCAAACUGGCCCUGAACCGCAGCACCAUCACCCCUCCUAAAGCCCCCCUGUUUGAUGGGACCCUCCCCCCUGAAGCUCCUGCUGCCCCUGAGGAGAAAGGCAUGUCCAUCCCCGUCAUCGGCUCCACACACACACACACACAGACACACACAGGACCUGAGAACCACAGCAGCAUCUUUUAUACUCGUCCCUGUGUUUCUGGUGGAACAUGGACGACCUGCUGCUCUUUUUGUUUCUCCUCACAAAUAACAUCUUUUUAAAAAAUAAUCCAGUUUGCCACGAAGCCUUUGAGCAAACUGCAGUUUUUUAAACCUGUUGAAUCCUGUCACCUGAUCUGUAAAUGCUGAUGUACAGAACUUUUGUCUUAAAAACAAAGGUCACUGUUCA